AAUUUAUCAAAUGUGGCAAAAUAUUGCAAAUGGUAUAAACCUGGAUUAACGACCCACGCGGGCUCUGAAGAUUUUUCAACAGGUCAGGAGCAUUCAAUAUAUUAUUAAAAAGGUCGAAAAUAAUACACAGAGGUUUCAAUGAUGGAUAGCGAUGAUGAAGACCGGCGUCAUAACAGAGACAAAUUUCGGCGGGAACGUAGUGAUAAUUAUGCAGAACGGCGGGACCGUGAAGACCGGAGAGGUGGCAGAGAUGAUUGGAAUGAUAGAAGACCAAGGGAUAAUCGUGUCAACAGAGAUUGGCAGCGUAGAGAUUACAAUAGAAAUAGGCGGGAGCGAGGCUACAGUCCUGCCAGAAGAGCGAUGAGCCCACCCAAUAAGCGGCCUAGAAGAGACUGGAAUACUGGGGGUUAUAGGUCAUUCAGCAACUACGGUGGAAAUUACCAAGGUGGAGGUGGAGGUUAUUGGGAUCGCAGUGGAGAUGGGCAGAACUAUGGGCAUAGCCAGUCAGAUAGGACUGAUGGCGGCAGUUCUAUGAUGACAUUCAAACAGUUCCUAGCUUCACAAGAUGAUACGAUCGAUGACCAGGAAGCUGUGCGAAAAUACAACGAGUAUAAAGUGGACUUUCGUCGCACACAGCUUAGUGAAUAUUUUUUGGCUCACAAAGAUCAGGAGUGGUUUCGCACUAAAUACCAUCCAGAUCUUUGUAUGCAGCAACAGGCGGCACGAGUAAAUGGCGUACGUUUACGUUUAAACGCCUUUCUUGAUUUGUGGAGAGAAAAAUGGAUUGAUACAGCUGCCUGCGAGUUUAACAAAUCUGAUGAUAUUAUUCGAAUACUAGAUGCUGCUGUAAUUAAGAUGGAAGGAGGAACAGAUUUGGAUAUGACCAUCCUAGAUCAGAAGGAGGAAGACAGUGAAGAAGAGAUGGACCACAGCCGUGAUAAAAGAGCUGCAGAAAUAGUAAAAGAUGACGAGAUGAAGAAAGAAAAAGACAAAGAAAAAAAGAAUGGAAAAGAAGAUGGGGAGAUGGAUGAUGAUUCAGAUGAAAAACCUGAGGAAGACAAGAAAAGUGAAACAAAGGGUGAAGAGAAGGCUGAUGGAAUUGAAGAAAUUGAAGAAAAGAAGCCUGAAGAUAUGGAGGAAGGUGAGAAACGUGGAAAAAAGCGUAAACGUGAAAGGGAGUACUCGUCUAGUUCGAGUAGUAGUGGCAGUAGUAGCGAAAGUGAUUCAGACUCGGAUAGGGAUCGCUCUCCUAAAAUCAAAGACAAACAAGAGAAGUCCAGCAAACCACCAGAAAGUAAGGAAGAGAAAGAUGAAGAAGCAGGUGAGAUAACGGAAGACAGACAUUCAACUAAGGUUGGCAAAGAAGAAGCUAGUAAGAAAAAGGUUACAGAAGAUAAAGUAGAGGAAGAAGGGCCAAAACCACGCCCACUUCACAAGACUUACUCAUUGUUUAUGAGAAGCUUGUCAGUAAUGAUCCCAAAGGCUGAGAUUGUACAGCUUUGCAAGAAGUAUCAAGGAUUCAUGCGAGUUGCUCUAGCAGACCCACAACCAGACAAGAACUUCAUGCGUUAUGGUUGGGUCACCUUUGACCGGUCCGUCAAUAUCAAGGAUAUUUGCUGGAAUCUUAGCAGCAUCCGAGUGCGUGAUUGUGAGUUGAGUCCUGUUGUUAAUCGAGAUCUCACUCGUCGUAUCAGAGCAACCAGCGGCAUAACUUCACACAAGCAAAUUGUACGUAAUGAUCUCAAGCUGGCUGCAAAGCUUAUUAAGAUGUUAGACGACCGCUAUAAGUUGUAUGAAGAACCGGAGCCAGAACCAGAAAAGAUAGUGGAAGAGGUCAAGGAACAAGAAGUAGCAAAGAAAGAAGAGGAAGAAAAGAAAGCUGAGCAAGGAGAAGAAAAAGAGGAGAAAGAAAAGGCACCAGAAGAAAAAUCCUUUGAAGUAGAGAAGCUACCGUUUGUACCGUUCCAUGGCUACCAACAGAACCCAUUUCUUGAGAAUAUUACCGAGUACUUGGUUGAGGAAUCAAGUGCAGAGGAAGAAAUGCUGGUGGCAAUGGGAGGGGGAACAGAAGAUGAGGAUGAAGGGGAGCAUAAAGAUGAGGCCCCGGGAUACAAGUUUGAGCGCGAUCAGGAACUUAACAAGGUUCUUGAUCGUCUUCUGUUUUAUUUACGUAUAGUCCAUUCCAUGGAUUAUUAUAAUGCCAGUGAAUACCCCAUUGAGGAUGAAAUGCCAAACCGAUGUGGUAUCAUGCAUGCUAGGGGAGCUAACCCACCCAAGGGACUCACAGAAAAAGAUGUAAACGAGUGGCAGACAAACUUCGAAAAAAAGAUUGUGCCAAUGUUGCAGACUAAGUCAGCCGUUGACGAGACGGAAUGGACAAAGCUUGGCAAAAAACAAUCGGAAAGUGAAGUUGAAAAGUUUGUUCAAGCCAACACUCAAGAACUGUCGAAAGACAAGUGGCUCUGUCCAUUAAGUGGUAAAAAGUUUAAAGGGCCUGAGUUUGUGCGCAAGCACAUCUUCAACAAGCACAGUGAGAAGAUAGAUGAAGUCAGGAAAGAUGUUGAAUACUUCAACAACUACUUGAAAGACCCAAAAAGACCUCAGCCUCCAGAGCCUACCGUAGCAGCUAAGCCAGCACAGUCUGCUAACCAGGGAGGAGCUAGUCAUGGGAGUGCCCAAGGGGGCUAUCAGCCCCAUCAGAGCCAGAACCAUGGAGAGAGUGGAUUCAGACACAGCUGGGGAAACCAAAACCAAGGAUUUGAUAGAGGUAGUCACCAUGACAACCGCAACCAAUAUGGAGGUGGUUUUUACAAUCGUGGUCAAUCUUACCAGGGUGGUAACCGACAAAGGAGAGACCCUCGUCCUCUGAUUCAGUACCGGGAUUUGGAUGCACCUGGUGAUGACGAUAUAUUCUAAACCAAUAGGCAACUUUCUUAGAAAUGAAAGUGCUUCCAAUCAGCUAAUCUGAAACUGUAUUUAACACGGAAUCUGAUUAGAUAAUUUUAUUAAUUGCUGAAUAUUUUGUACAUACAGUAUCUUGCAAACCAUGUAAAGUUUGAAAGACAGGAUUGCCAACAAUUGAUUUAAGAACUUCAUGGAUAGUAUUUGUAUUAGUAGACCACCAGUCAUUUGUUCUCUGUUUGAACCUUUUACAUUUUUGUAUUUUCACAUACUGUAAUUAACUUUUGAUUUGUGAAUGUUUUUCCCUUUUGCAUUGAUAAUGAACAAUUUAAAAUAAUGCUCAACCAGUAAUUGAGUACCCCAGAUGCUUAACCCUAUUAUCAAAUAGUACAUAGAACUGCAAGAGAUCCGACUGCCCUUAUUUUGUAUGCAGGCAAUCAAACGUUACAAAGUACUGCUACGUAGGGGCGUGUCCUUCAAAAGAACGUAAAUAUGCGUGCUGUAUUUCGAAACUCGAACAUACUUUCUGUAGACGCGCAGCACACAUUCGAUACGAACACCUUUUGAAGGACACGCCCCUUCAUGGAAUUAAUUUUUGAGAUCGGAUUGCAUUCCAAUGAAACCCUGACAGUUGGACCUCUUGCAUUUCAAUACCCUUAUGCUAUUAUGUAUUAUAGUAACAAAUGAAUUGGUCCCCUUUUUGAUACCUUAUUGUCAUGUGUGCUCCAUCAAACUGCAUGCAUCCAUAACAGUAGUCAAUUUGAUCAAUUUCCUAUUACCAGUUAUAGAUCAUAUUGAGCUAGCUAAUUUUUUUUGUCAUCCAGGCAGUGGUGUAUUUACAGGAGGGUGUAGGGCCCUAAAAAAAAAAGCUUGUGCCCCUACUGGAAAUAUGCUGAGCAAGAAAUCUAUCCUCAAUUCAUUGAAAAGGACCUCAUAUCACCUAAAUUGACCAGCUAGUCCCCUAACUUAAUCAUAAGCCUCACCUCUUAACCUUCUCACGCUUAGGUAUGCCACUGCAUCCCAGGAGAUCACAGCUGCACCAAUCCCAUGCAUGAAGUAACUUGGUUCGUUCACUGCAAGUAGUGGUCACUAUGUAACCAGGCUGCAAAUAUUCAUAGUAUUAUUGUAUUUUCACAAUAUUUCUUUUAAGGUUUGAACAAAUAAUAUGGUUAUUAAGGUGUUACAAAUAGCAGUGUCUCUUGUUUCUGCGUUGAUGAUGUGUAACAGGGAUCAACAUUUCUAUUUAAUUCUCUAUUGUAGUUUGUAUAUAUUUUACACCAGUUUUAUUUACAUUGUUUGUGAAUGAAACUUCUGGUACAAAAUGUCCUAUUAAUACUGGACCAAGUUAAACAUGCCAUCAUAUUGAUUGGUUGAAUAAAAUGUUUGUAAAAUUGAUUUUUUUGCAACAUACUGUA